CUGUUGAAAAGUCACAUGCUGUACACCACAGCUCAGUGUUCUGACAGCUGCACCGGGAUUCAGAAGAUGGAAAAUAUUUUCCCUAUGAUGAAUGGCAUUAGUGACUCAUGGAUGGACAUAGCAAUAGAAAUGACCAUUGCCUUCCUGUGUGGAGUGGGGUUCUUUUUCCUACUAACUCCCUUCCUGAAGGAGUGCCCAGUGUCAUCACCACCUGAAAGUGAAAGUGACAUCCCAAAGGAUGUGAAGAGGAGGCAGAGCAAGACCAGAAAGAAAACUACAACUGUAAGAGGCUGUAGAGAUGGAGGAAAAAAUGUGGAACAGACCAAGACUUCAUUGCAACCUAUGGAAAUUUGCACCGGGCAACUUCUCCAGGACUCGACACCACAACCCUUGUGGGACCCUCUUCAACAUAUGGAUCACUAUCCUCUCUUUCAGCGGUUGAAUUAUUUCAAGUUCUGGGAGCAUCUUAUAUGGAAGGAGUUCAGUCACAUUUUCUGGGGCCUAUCCUCUAUGUUCUCGGAGUCAGUUCUGGCUACUGCCCACAUCCUCCGAAACCCUUCCUUGUCAGAACAUAAAACUGUGAGGUUUUGUGAUACCUGUGACCCUGCCCAAACUUUAGCCCAGGCUCAGGGACUGCCACAGUUUUCCAAGGACCUGCCAUUGUCUCCAGAACUUGUGACAUCAAGCUUGGAAAGUGUGACAAGUAUCCAAGAAAUGAAAAAGGUGCCAAGCUCUACAUCAAACCAAACACCACCUUGCUUCAAGAGAAGGGCCUGUGGAAUAGCACACCCUAGCACCGAGAAAGGGACACAGACAUCCCUACCAACUGAAAACCCGCCCGGGAUGCAUGGACUCUAUUAUAGAGACACCAAUGGUUCCGAUAUCCAAAAUCAUCAAAAAGCCAUUUGUAAGCCCACUCAGACCUCGUCCAGGGGUACCCAGCACACUACAGCUGUCAGGUCAGCAUCCAUCCUUCCUGAGCACUGUCAGAUCGUCCAUAACAAUGAGGAGUCACAGAAUGAAGACAAGGCACCUAAUGUGCGAGAACAACAAGGAACUCCUGCCACAUUCCACCCAUCUAUGAAACUGACCCAGCUUCAGGAGCAAAUCUCAGCAAACAGUACUCAUUAUUGCAGUGGCAGACCUCAACUCUCCCAGCCCUCCAUCCUCACCUCCAAAAGCUACAAAUGUAACAAAAUGAUAAAGUCUUUGCUCUUGGGGGUACCCGUAAAGAAGGACACAGCAAACUGUGAUAAAAAUAACACCAUCAAGAAGGGUCUUGGUCUAGGAGACAAAGAUGUGCCUUGCAUUUCAUGCCGCAGCCUUGAAAAGGGGCUAAAACGCAGGGAUACUGCAAUGAGAACAGACAAGCUGUUCUACAUGUACCCUACAGAGCACCAUUCCUUCCUCGACUCAAAGACUGACAGGAAGCUGGAACCAAACCUGGCACAGCUUCCAGUGAAAAGCAGAAGUAGACCACUUAUGCAGGUCCUUGAGUCAAGGGAUCAAACCCCACCUUGGGUUCCAGCCUCAAAGCUCCCCCAGGUUGGGUUUCCCUCCUCACCCAUCUGUGGUUCCAAAGCUGAAUACUAUUCCAAGGCUGCCAUGAUCCUGGAGAAUUUGCAUCACCAAGAUCCAGGAGGGAAAAGGGUAGAAAGUAUAUCAGAUACCAGGCUACAGAGUGCUCUGUAUAUACACUCACCUGCAGAGCUUCAGGAAACACAAAGGGACCAGCCACCUGCUGCCAGCCAUGGGGCCUCAAAAGCCCAACCUGAUCAUUUACAUGGAUACUUGAGUGUUCAGCAACCUGCUUUCUGCUUCCAGGCAAAACCACCACAGAACAGGAAUAUCAGAGGAACUGGAAGAGGCAGUCAACAAUCAAAUGCCACUCCAAAAAUGGCUAAGAAUGAACCGUUGAAGAAGUUUCAGGAGGUAGGCCCAGAUCAACCCUGCUGGCGUGUGAUAGUGAUUGACCCUGAAGAAAGGAUCCCACCUUUAGCAGCCCAACAAAGUGAUAUAGGGGAGGGGAAAGAAGAGCCACCUCCUGCAUGGACAGUGAGUCUGCGAUCCAGUGAGAUUCACAAUGAGCAAGCCAUCAGUAUUGGUCCCAGGGACUUUGGAUCUUUAGAAGCCGAUAAAAACCCAGGCCAUCUGCAGACACCUACACCACUGCACUCACAGGACUCAGGUGUAAAC